GCUAAGGAAGGUAUCAGCUAUCUUACGUACACCUGAGCACGUAAGGCCUAAGCCUUUUCUAUUUAUAAAACUCGAUAGAACAACCCGAUAACUAAUCUUUAAUACUUACCUACUUCCUACCUACCUAGGCGGCUAUUAUACAACUUGACGAUUGGAAAGACCCUUUUUGCUACCCCUUCAUAUCACCGCAACGAAUCACAGCUUUAACCACGCAAACUAUUCGCCCGCCAUGGCUAGUAAUCCUUAUGAAGUCGAACACAACAUUAAGCCUUCGGACCGUCCACCUCAUCGCCGGCGCCCCGAUAUGUCCAGCUUUACUUCACAUCUACAUCAAAUAUCCCCGGAUCCCGCGACAGCCAAUCAACGAAGCCACCGGGAACACACGGGCCCGACGCCCGUCGACACGGCGGCGCUAUUCCACCUUUUACGGGACCAGUUCGAGACCCUAUCCGCGGACGCGCCGACGGAGGAAAACCGCGAUUUCCUCGGGAGCCUGAUCUCCGCGCUGGAGAUCGACAUCCGGUCCCCUCCGGAGUCGAUCCCCGGCGUGAGCCAAGAGUACCUCGACACGCUGGACCGGGUGCCGCGGAAGAGCCUCAAGAAGGACGACAGCUGCCCGAUCUGCGCCGAGCAUUUUCUCGACGACCCGUACCCCCUGGUCGUCGAGCUGCCGUGCCACGGCAGCCACCGGUUCGACCUCGAGUGCGUCGGGCCGUGGCUGCAGAGCAAGGGCACGUGUCCUAUGUGCAGAGCGGACUUGAACAAAAAGAAGGUUAUCGAAAUCCCGCAGGAUGAUGACAAAGACGAAGAUGAUGUGAACGGGCUAUAUGGUUAAAGGGAAUGCGGAUAGACGUUUUUAAGGAAAGAAGAGAUGAAGUAGAUAUUGGAGUUUGUAGGGCGAUACCCCCUCUCCCCCGAAAUAUGAAUCGCGAGCCCGUUAGGGGUAUUAUGAUGAGAUGAGCUCAGUUUGUGGCAAGUAUUGCCCGAGAUCG